AUGCCCAGAGCCCUUAAUGUCCUGCAGAUGAAAGAAGAGGAUGUCCUCAAUUUCCUUGCUGCAGGAACUCACUUAGGUGACUUUCAGAUGGAGCAAUGCAUCUACAAAAGGAAGAGUGAUGGUGUCUACAUCAUAAAUCUGAAGAGGACCUGGGAGAAGCUGUUGCUUGCAGCUCAGGCUAUUGUUGCCAAGGAGAACCCUGCUGACGUCAGCGUCAUCUCCUCCAGGAUCACUGGCCAGCGAGCCGUGCUGAAGUUCGCUGCUGCCACUGGAGCCACUCCUAUUGCUGGCCGCUUCACACCUGGGACCUUCACCAAACAGAUACAGGCAGGCUUCAGGGAGCCAUGGCUUCUAGUGGUGACUGACACCAGGGAUGACCACCAGCCCCUCACAGAGGCCUCUUAUGUCAACCUGCCCACCAUCGCUCUGUCCAACAUGGAUUCUCCUCUGCACUAUGUUGACAUUGCCAUCCCAUGCAACAACAAGGGAGCUCACUCAGUGGGUCUGAUGUGGUGGAUGCUGGCCUGGGGAAGAACUCUCCAGUAUGCACCCAUGGAGGUUAUGCCUGAUCUUUAUUUCUCCAGGGACCCAGAGGAGAUUGAGAAGGAGGAACAGGCUGCUGCGGAGAAGGUUGUGACCUGGGAGGGAUUCCAGGGUGAAUGGACUACGCUAGCUCCUGAGUUCACCUCUGCUCAUCCAGAGGUUACAGACUGGUCUGAGGGUGUACAGGUGCCAUCCAUACCCAUUCAGCAGUUCACUACUGAGUAUUGGAGCACCCAGCCAGCCACUGAGGACUGGUCAGCAGCCCCCACAGCACAGGGCACUGAGUGGGUUGUCAGUGGUCCUGAGCUGCUCUGCAGACACCAGAGCAAAGGGCAAAUGGAAGGAAAAUAA